AGAAAGGAGAGCUGUCAUCACAUGGACUUGUCUUUCUCUUACUCUGACGGGGUCCUUCCUUUUCUUCUUCUCCUUCAUAUUUUCUCUCUCACCAUUCUCUUCUUCUUCUCCCUUUCUUAGAUUCUCCCUCUUUUCUCUCUGCCCUCCGCCAUGACUGAGGAUAAGGAGAUGUCUUCCUCUGUCACCAAUGGCGAUGAUUCCCUCACUGGUCACAUCAUAUCUACAACUAUUGGAGGCAAAAAUGGGGAACCCAAACAGACUAUUAGUUACAUGGCAGAACGGGUUGUAGGAACUGGAUCAUUUGGAAUUGUUUUCCAGGCAAAAUGCUUGGAAACUGGGGAAGCAGUGGCUAUUAAAAAGGUUUUACAGGACAGAAGAUACAAGAAUCGCGAACUACAGUUAAUGCGUGUUUUGGAUCAUCCAAAUGUGAUCUCUUUGAAGCAUUGUUUCUUUUCAACUACAAGUACAGAUGAGCUUUUUCUUAAUUUGGUGAUGGAAUAUGUUCCAGAGUCUAUGUAUAGAGUCAUUAAGCACUAUACCAAUGCUAAUCAAAGAAUGCCAAUCAUCUAUGUAAAACUUUAUAUGUACCAGAUUUUCAGGGGGCUGGCUUAUAUACACACUGUGCCCAAAGUUUGCCACAGAGACUUGAAGCCUCAAAAUAUAUUGGUGGAUCCUCUUACACACCAAGUGAAGCUAUGUGAUUUUGGAAGUGCAAAAGUUCUAGUAAAAGGUGAAGCUAAUAUAUCAUACAUAUGUUCACGAUUCUAUCGUGCUCCAGAACUUAUAUUUGGUGCCACAGAGUAUACAAGUUCAAUUGAUAUUUGGUCAGCUGGCUGUGUCCUUGCUGAGCUUCUUUUGGGCCAGCCAUUAUUCCCUGGCGAAAAUGCAGUAGACCAGCUCGUACAUAUUAUAAAGGUGCUUGGCACACCCACUCGAGAGGAAGUACGCUGUAUGAAUCCCAAUUACAAUGACUUUAGGUUUCCACAGAUAAAAGCACACCCAUGGCACAAGAUAUUCCACAAAAAGAUGCCUCCAGAAGCAAUUGAUCUUGCAUCCCGGCUUUUGCAAUACUCCCCAAGUCUCCGAUGCACUGCGCUUGAAGCAUGUGCACAUCCUUUCUUUGAUGAACUUCGAGAACCCCAUGCUCGCCUGCCAAAUGGUCGUCCAUUUCCUCCUCUAUUUAACUUCAAACAGGAAUUAUCUGAAGCAUCUCCAGUGCUUGUUAACAAAUUGAUACCUGACCACGUGAAGCGGCAAAUAGGGCUGCAAUUUGUUCCUCCAGCAGGAUCAUGAUGAUGAGCUUUAGGGGGGCUUUAGUGUAUACUAGUUGAUAAGUUAAACAAAAGUGACACCGUUAUUUUUGUCUAAAUUAGCAUGUUCUGUGGCCUGACCAGUGUAGUUUCAAGCUGAACCUAGACUGAGACUUGGGGUGCUGGAUGCCUGCAGUUGAGAUCCAUCAGCAUAUGCAUACUUUUUGAUUCUCUGUUGCUACUGGUGGAUCUUAUUUCCUCAGGCUAAAUAGCCUUUGUUUAUUGUAAACGUCAACAUGUCAUAUAGUAGUAAAGUAUAUUUGGCCUGAAAUGGCAGAACUUAGAUUGCUUCUGUGAGGGGAAAACAAAAGCCUUAGAUGGAAGGAGGGAAGGAGGGUCCACAUGAGUUUUGAUGGUGGGGUUGUUGGGUUUGGUUUCCUCUUGUUAAUGUAAUUGGCGAUUUGUAAUGUUGUUGACCAGUUCCUUGUGAAAUGUAAUGUGCUAUCCUAUCUGUUUUUCUUUAA